UUGUAGGAAGGGGAGCAGAUGUGUGUAUGAGAGUGAUAAGCAAACAAGCAUGUAUGAAUAAGUAAAAGCGAUAGCAAAACGUGAAAUCUCGAAUGUGCAAAGUAUGAUCAAAGUUAGGAGCAAAGUUAAAAAUUGAACGAAAAUGUCAAAUUCGUAAUAAUACAUGCUUCGAUAUUCGUCAGUGAUAUAAGGUGUAAACAAUUAUGUAAUAAGUGUGAUAGUGCAGUGUAAAGUGUAAAAGAAAUAUUGCAUAUUACAUUUUUCAUUAUUGAAAAUGAUAUUUUUGAAAUUUGAAAUAUUUCUCGUCAUUUUCAUUCUUGUGUUAACAUUAUUAUAUAAAAAGAAUAGAACUUUUCUUUAUUAUUUUAAAUACAUUUUCUACAUUGGAAUGUCAAAUAUAAUUGUACUUUUGGUGCUGCCAAUUUUUAUAAUUCGACCAAAAAACAUACACAAUUUAUUAAUUGCAUCAUAUACAUGUUCUUGGAUUACUAAAAUCGUGGAAAUACACUGGGAGUUAAGGGGAAAAGAACAUUUAGAACAAGACAGAGGAUGUAUUAUAGUAUCAAAUCAUCAAAGUGCUUUUGAUAUUUUGGGAAUGUAUCAAAUAUGGCCAAUAAUGAAAAAGUGUACAGCUAUAGCAAGACGAGAACUUUUCUAUAUUUGGCCGUUUGGUUUAGCUGCUUGGUUGGCCGGAUUGAUAUUUAUAGAUAGAAGAAAUGCAGAAAAAGCCAGAUUGCUUAUAAAUGAUACUACAGAGUACAUCAAAGAGAAAAAGAUUAAAUUAUGGAUAUAUCCAGAAGGUACCAGACGAAAUACGGGUGAAAUUCAUCCAUUUAAAAAAGGCGCUUUUUGUGCCGCUAUACAUGGUCAAGUACCUAUAUUACCGAUUGUCUUUUCUUCUUAUUAUUUUUUAUCUUCCAAAGAAAAGAAAUUUGAUUCUGGUCGAGUUAUCAUUAAAACAUUACCAGCAAUAUCUACAGAAGGAAUGACGAUUGAUGAUGUUAAUAAAUUAUUGGAAAAAACACGAAAUGUCAUGAGCGAGACUUUACGUGAACUUAAUCUUGAAAUACAAUCUUCCUAAACUAAAAUAAUUGUUUUAAUUAAGGUUGUAAAUCGAGGACUAGUCUUCUUUAUAUUUAUCACUAUUUUAAUAGUUUUACAUAUAUUAAUAUUUAUCGAAUAUUUUUCAAAUAGUCAUCGUGUUACAAAACAAUUAUGAGUUCUGAUGUAUAAUGAUCAGAAUGUACUAAAUAAAGAGUUUUAAUUUUUUUUGUAA